CCUUAUUUCACUUGCUGAAUCGAUGAACGAUUUGCAAGUCUAUUUUGUACAUAUUUCGUAUCCGGAAUAAAUACAUAGGUAUAUGUAACAAUUUUUUAUUCUAAAAAACAUUCAAGAUACCGUGAAAGUACAGUGAAUUAGAAAUAAAUAAUUAGAAAUAAAAAUCCUUACGAAUUUUAUGUAAGUUACGGAUUAUUAUUCGAAAUAAAUAAAUAUUAUUCGAAAAAAUAGAAAGUCAAUUUUAUAUAUAUCUCAUGGAUAGCUAUUUGCCUUGUAUUCUUACUGGUUUUAUAUUUUAUGCAUUUGGCUUAAAAUGGUGUUAUGAAUAUGCCAAGUAUUGGGUAUCUUUAAGACCAAGGGAUGAUCCACAUGCAACAAAAGGAUUAAGAUUUAUAGAAAAAUGCGAAAGACUUAUAAAUAGACAUCCUAUAGAAGGAAGCUUGAAGCUAAUAGCAACCGCUGUAGGAUUAGCUGGUACAUUAACUGGUGGUCUGCAACAAGUUGGAACUGUUUCACCAAAAGUUGUGCUUGCGACAAUCUAUUUAUUUUUUGCAUUUUCUGGUCUGGUUGAUGUUUUAAACUUUUAUUUUCCUCAUAAUGUAAGCGAAGGAUUAGUUAAAUUGGCACUUGCUCAAAGUUUUUUCAUAGAAGGAUUUUUAUUCUUAUUGGGAAGUGUUGGAAACAAUGCAUUAGUUGAUAAAAUUUUAGCCCUCAUAGUAUGGACAACAUCUUUGGCUAUUACGUUAGAACUUGUGUGGCCUGAAUUGAAACUUUUAAGAGCCUGUACAACGUUACUUCACGGUGGUUGGAUAGCGCAUGUAGUAAGGGUAUACCAUACGAUGCCAAUGUUACCAGAAGGUAUUGCAUUGAUAUUUUCUUGGCAUGUAGCCGCUGCUUCGGCUGUAACAUUAUGUGUAGUAGCUGCAACGAGAAGUUGUGCUCCCAAACUCAUGAUGGAAGAACCACCAGAGAUACCUAUUUAUGAUUAUUGUCAAGAACCAGACCAGAGAAUGUAGAUUAUUUGAGUGUAACGUAUAAGCAAUAUAUAAAAACUUUGUGCCAAUAUGAAAAAUUUUUAUAAUAUGCACAAAAUUUAAUAUUUUUGAAGUAGUAGAUCAUUGGUACUGUAGAGUCAAAAAAUCAAAACAUAAAUCAAUUAUAAUUUUUACACACAAUGUUAAUAUUUUUUUACUUAAUAUUUAAUAACUUCAUUUUAUAAUACAACGAAUAACUCUAUUUUUAACUAUAUUUAUACAAUAAAUACGUAUAACAUAAACAAUUUUGUAAUAUCCUCAAGUUGUAGGUAAAAUACUCAUUAGGAAUUAAGAGGUGCCUUAUUAUUAUUGCUCACUUAUUUAUUAAUAGAAGAUCGCGUAAUUUCAUCUUUU